UUGCGGAGUCGUGUGUUUACACUGUGGACCUGUCUCUUUGUAGCUCAUUUUCUGCUAGAAAAUGUCUUAAAUUGAACCACUGAUAGUCAGUUUUAAACGUGUUUUAACGCUCGGGUGUCUUGGAAGCGGCAGUAAGAUGGAUUCAUUUGUGAAACAGGUGAAAUCGGACUGUGAGGAGCUGCUGGACCGCUUCCAGCAAACAGACUCGGUCCGCUUCGAGGUUUUCUCCCAGAUAUGGAAGGAAAUGAAGUUCUCACAGAUUUUCUACGGCACCGUGAAGCGGGAGAAGCGAGCGUUCAGUCGUCUGAUCCUUGACACCACCUCCUGCUUCUUCCUGCCUCCGUUCAGCUUCCAGAUCAGGGUCGGAGGACUUUACCUGCUGUACAGCCUGUAUCAGUGUCAGACCGCGUUGCCCUCAGAGCAGAUCCGUCUGGCGCUGAAGGACUGGGAGGACGUGAAGAAGUUUGAGAGGGACGCCGUGGACGCUAAGCACCUCGAUGUCGUUUACAUCCUGCGGCAGCUGAUGUUCCACAAAGCUUUCCACUUCACCGCCAUGCCGACACCGCUCACCUACAAGAAGAAGAGGAAGGUGGAGAGGACGGUGCUGUGUGAGAAGUUCAUGGAGCGAGCGUCUCGUCCACAGGAGCUAAUCAGCGUGGAGCUGCUGGAGGAAUUGUCCAACAUCCAUGAGAUCUACGAGAAGCUGAAGACUUCUGUCCUGUCCACGACAGAAGAGGCGGCUUCGUCCACCAGCCUGAUCCGUAAAGACCUGGUCCCUCAGCUGCGCGGCACUGUGGUGGACUUCUACAAGUGGCAGCAGAGGAAGGAUGGGACUGAUGAGGGUGAGGACAGCGGUGAGGAAGCGUCGUCUCAGGUGGAGUGCUCCCAGAGGGCCGAGCGCCUCGCCUCCAUCAAAUCAAAAGCUUACGGACAGGCAGCGGAGGCCUCCAAGUCCCGGCGUCAUCGUCAGGUGGAGGUGGAUUCCACCGAGCCCGGACCCUCCCACUCGCCAGCUUACUCCAGAACAAAUAAACCAUCACUCAAAGCCAGAUCCAGCAAGAGUGUACAGAUCUCAGGUGACGCGUGGAAAGAAGCCGUGGCGACCACUCACAUCAAUCGUCUCACCUCGCUGGACUUCGUUCCUGAAGACAAACCAAGAAUAUACAGAAAAUCCAAGAGGUGAUGAAGACGGCGCAGGAGUCCACCUGCAUCCCGACCGGAGCUGCUGUUCAGCACAUUGAAUCUGUUUUAAAAUGUUCAUGUGGCUUUUAUGAUUGUCGGGAAUUUUCUGCGAUCCUGAAUGUUUCUGUUUCGGUUCUUUGUCGGAAAAAAUGUUUUUACAUGUGAAAAGGUUUUAUUUUUUAAUGAGUCUUAAACUGUUAAAGAAAAAAUAUUCUGCUUCUCCUCAAAGCUGCAGACACGAGCAGCUUUCUUUGUGCAGUUUUACAGCCUUCGCUUGUUGAAAAUGCGUCUGUGCCGGACUCUCGUGUCCUGUGCAGUGAAGGAAACAUCACUCGUGUCUGUUUAGCAGAGAAAAUGACUCCAAACGUGACAUGUUUCGCUCUGUGCACUGUCUUCUGUGUAAAAGUAGAAACUGGAUUUCUGUUCUUGUUUCACUGUUUAAAUCUUAAGUUUCACUGUUUUAUAUAAAACCUGG